AUGGGCUUCUCUCGCUCCUCUCGCACUUCCAGCGACCGCGCCGGAUCUAUCGGCUCUCAAGAGAGUUUCAAGAAGACCACUCUGUCCAGCAAAGCCGAUCCCAACCAGGCUUUGAAUGAAGCUCAACCGAUCAAUAACGCAGUAUCCGGAACACCCAUGUUCUCCCUGCGAUCAAUGCAGCACCGCGACAAGGACGGCAACGUUAUCGCCGACCCCGACCAGUCGAAUCCUACCCGAAACCGCCUCGAACGGCCACUGGAUACCAUUCGCUCAUUUGAGGCUGCUAUCGAGGCCCGUCGCCGUGAAAUGUGA